AUGCUUAUUCAAAAGGAAAACCGAAAGGCCAUUUACGAAACUCUCUUCAAAGAUGGUGCUUUAGUUGCUGCCAAGGACUUUAACCUUCCCAAGCAUCCUGAAAUCAAUGUUCCCAACUUGGAAGUCAUCAAGGCCAUGCAAUCUUUGACCUCCAAGGGAUACGUCAAGACCCAAUUCUCGUGGCAAUACUAUUACUACACCCUCACUGACGAAGGUAUCGAUUACCUCCGUGAAUACCUUCACUUGCCCACUGAAAUUGUUCCUGCUACUUUGAAGAAGGCUGCUCGUCCUGCUGCUCCUCGUCGUGCUUUCGGUGAAGGUCGUGAAGGUGGUCGUGGUUCUCGUGGUGAUCGCGAUGAUUAUCGUCGCAAGGAAGGUGCUUCUGGUGACUUUAAGCCUGAAUUCCGUGGUGGAUUCGGUAAGUUAAAACAAUAA